GUCACUCUCCUCCUGUUGGACUGGUUGGGUUAGCAACGAUAGUUCAGCCGUCUGACACACAACCUUAGCAGCCUGGUCUUGUUUAUCGUUGCUUACAGCUAGAUUGCAUGAUCAACUGGUCCAGUCUGGCUUCAGUACCUGGGUCAGGGUGGAUCAGCGGACUCUGAUUCGAUUCGGAAAUUACUUGACAAGCAUUAGGUAGCCGCCACCUGUUAUUUGCCACACUGAGGGGCUAACUGAGCUAGCGUUACCACCAGUACAACGCUUGACGGCUAGCUCACAUAAGCUAAUUGUGAUAGUUUCUGUCCCUGCUACGUAUCAUACUAAGCUUUUCAGCAUGCUACAGUGAGUGAUGUUACAAGCUUUGAUAUUAAUAAUGGCGUUCUCGGCGGCGCAAGGAUGCUCCAAUUCGGAGAGUUGUCCGACAACGCUGCCUCCGCCAACCAAUGGCUCAAAGGAUUACUGCUACACUGCCCGAAUUCGCAGCACUGUGCUGCAGGGCUUGCCCUUCGGAGGGGUGCCUACUGUCCUUGCCCUUGACUUCAUGUGCUUCUUGGGCCUGCUGUUUGUGUUUUCCUUCUUACGAAAAGUAGCAUGGGACUACGGGCGCCUUGCUCUGGUAACUGAUGCUGACAGAAGAAUGGAUCAGCGCUACAGUCGCCUAGAUGAUCGGGAAUACGUGGACUUCUUCUGUGUGAGCGCACCGCAUGAGCCACACAGGCAGGAUGCUUACAGGGAGAGUGUGGCCUCAGCGAUGACAUCAGAAACACCUGAACGGUAUGAGCGUCUUACCUCAGUUUCGAGCUCAGUUGACAUUGAGCAGAGAGACACUGGCUUCUGCUCAUGGCUAACAGCAAUCUUCCGCAUUAAAGAUGAGGAGAUAAGGGAGAAGUGUGGCGAGGAUGCAGUGCAUUACUUGUCCUUCCAGCGCCACAUCAUUGGCCUUCUGGUCGUGGUCGGAGUACUGUCUGUGGGCAUCAUUCUGCCUGUUAACUUCUCGGGGAACCUACUUGAAAACAACGCCUAUAGUUUUGGGCGAACCACUAUAGCAAAUUUGGAUGCAGAUAAUACACUACUAUGGCUGCACACUACUUUUGCAUUCCUUUACCUGUUACUGACUGUGUACAGCAUGAGACGCCACACCUCAAAGAUGCACUACAAAGAGGAUGACCUGGUGAAACGCACUUUAUUUGUGAAUGGAGUUUCGAAAUAUGCAGAGGAGUGGGAUAUAAAGCAACACUUUGAGCAAGCUUAUGAAAACUGUGUCGUUCUGGAAGCUCGUAUCUGUUACAAUGUGGCCAGGCUGAUGUAUCUAAAUUCAGAAAGGAAGAAAACAGAGCGCAGCAAGAAAUUCUUCAUUGACCUGCAAACCAAGGAGCAUGUUACCACCAUGGUUAACCCAAAGCCCUGUGGACACCUUUGCUGUUGCAUCAUCAAAGGCUGUGAGCAGGAAGAAGCAGUGAGCUACUACACCAAGUUGGAAGCAAAACUCAAAGAAGAGUACAAAAAGGAGAGAGACAAGGUUAACAGCAAACCUUUAGGAAUGGCCUUUGUCACCUUCCAAAAUGAGUCCAUAACUGCACUGAUCUUGAAAGACUUCAACGCUUGCAAGUGUCAGGGCUGCCAGUGUCGCCGGGAACCCAAGAGUUCAAAUUUCAGCACAAAGCUCCACACACACAACUGGACUGUCAGCUAUGCUCCUCAUCCACAGAAUGUCUACUGGGAGCAUCUGUCAGUGGGAGGAUUCUCCUGGUGGAUCCGCUGCUUGAUCAUCAACUGUGUCCUUUUCCUCCUCCUCUUCUUCCUCACAACCCCAGCCAUUAUCAUCUCCACCAUGGACAAGUUCAACGUCACCAAACCAGUCGAGUACCUGAAUAAUCCAAUCAUCACCCAGUUCUUCCCCACCCUCCUCCUGUGGUCCUUCUCUGCUUUACUUCCUACAAUUGUCUACUACUCUGCAUUCUUUGAGGCCCAUUGGACACGGUCAGGAGAAAACAGAACCACAAUGCAUAAAUGCUACACUUUCUUGAUCUUCAUGGUUCUGUUGCUGCCCUCUCUAGGACUCAGCAGCUUGGACGUUUUCUUCCGCUGGCUUUUUGACAAAAGAUUUUUGGCAGAUGCUAAAGUGAGAUUUGAGUGUGUAUUCCUUCCUGACAAUGGAGCCUUCUUUGUGAAUUAUGUCAUUGCGUCUGCGUUUAUUGGUAAUGCCAUGGACCUGCUGAGGAUCCCUGGUCUACUCAUGUAUAUGAUCCGCCUCUGCCUGGCGAGAUCAGCCGCUGAGAGGAGGAACGUCAAGAGGCAUCAGGCCUAUGAGUUCCAGUUUGGGGCAGCAUAUGCAUGGAUGAUGUGUGUUUUCACUGUGGUUAUGACCUACAGCAUCACUUGCCCAAUCAUCGUUCCAUUUGGGCUAAUGUACAUGCUGCUGAAACACUUAGCAGACAGAUACAACAUGUACUACGCCUAUCUGCCAUCCAAACUGGACAAGAAAAUCCACUCUGGAGCUGUUAACCAAGUAGUGGCCGCUCCCAUCCUCUGUCUCUUCUGGCUACUUUUCUUCUCCACUGUUCGCUCGGGUUUUUCUGCAGCAACAUCCAUGUUCACCUUUGUAGUUUUGAUCAUCACAAUCAUUAUCUGCCUCUCUCAUGUCUGUUUUGGACAUUUUAAGUAUCUCAGUGCUCACAAUUACAAGAUUGACACCCAGGAGGUGGAUGGGUCGGAUGAGCGUCCAACAUCUGCUGCUGCUACCACGAAGGCAGCACAGAUGUACAUUGCUCAGGUACUUCAAGACCCAAAUUCAGAAGAGAACGGUUCAGGCAGCGGCGAGGAUGAUGGCCAAGGGUCCUCGCAGGACGAGGAAAUAAUCAAUGUUGAAAAUGGCCUGAAUGAGGACUUCCAGUCUGGUGAGGACAGUCUCAUUGAUAAUGAAGUGCGACACUGAUAUUAUCUGGAACAGAAGUUUAACGUAAGGAGUGCACUGAAUAUAUGAAUUCAACUAAGAACUGAAACAACAGUUCUCCAAAGCAUCUCAACCUCCAUCGAGGGACUUUACACUAAUGUAAGCACAUUGUCUACUAAGGAUUAAAUGGAUUGUCACUCAAGGACUCCUGCAUUUCCUUCACUGGGUCUCUUCAAAGCCACAUCUACUGAGUACAUUCAGAUGGAAUCUACUCUGACAAUGCAAGGGCAGCAACAUCGUUCUCAUCCUAAUAUAACUGAGGUCCACGCCAUGGACCCAUGAAAGAAAGACACUAAUGCACAAAUAAAGAAUUGUUUGCCUUGUUUCUUAGGGAGAAGUGAUAUUCUGUCUGUAUUCUCUAUUUCCUUAACAUUAUUGCACUUGAAAGAGGGGACCUGUCCUAUAAGCUCGACUUUCACUACGGUACUGUAGUACGGCAUGCCUUCAAUAUCAAGGGAUGGAGGAGUUUUCCUAUAAUCCUUUGCCAGGAUCCCUAACUGUCUGCACUAGAUGCUUCAGCUGAAUAAGCAGCUUUUGAGAGAGGAGUUUUCUACACCAGCAAAUAGCUGUGCAGACAUGAUGGUCCCAAAAUGGUUCUUCCAAUUCCAUAGAAGCCUUUCAACAAAGCAACAAAAAUAAUUAUUGCUACUAACACUCCUGGACGCUUUAACACUGUACAGCUAGAAAACUCUGUAUUUGUAAAAUAACCUUUGUUGAAAUGGUAUUUAUUUGUAGGCAUGGAAUUUUAAAUGCUAUUAAGCUUGAUAUAACCUUAAACUGUGGAAGAAGAUAUCUCGGCACACUACACUGAUCUUUUUGAGUUCAGUCACUGUACCUUUGAUGGGACUGCUGUUGGACUGCUGCUCCCCCACUAGGGGUCCUCCUUGUGCAGACGCUGCAGAAGGACCGGAAGCUAAGAUCCUACUGGUUCUUUUGUAGUGGCCAGAUAUUGAGGAGGAAGGCCUCUUGGGUUUUCUUGGUCAUUUUCAGAUGAUUCGCAUUGUAACUGUUCUCUCUGUCUGUGUUUUUAUAUGUAUUUCUUUCUCUGUGGGUUUACAUCUUUAUGUAGAGUUUUCACACUUGAAAUUCAGUACAGGUGGCUACUCAUAUCUCAGUAAUCGAGGUAAUCCAUGUCCUGGCUUUCAGUUAUCUGUCUUGUUCUCCUCAUGUUUUUGUAGGCACUUAAUCCUGUGUUUAGUAGCCGGUCUUAAGCUCCAGUGGUCGUAGAGCAUUGUUACAGUUUUCAUUAGCCAGUACUCAAUCCUGCGCUUUAGGUUAACUGAAAUUAUGCACUUUUUCUGACAACAUAUCAAAUUUUAGACCAGGUUGCACAAGUUAGUUGAGCAGUUUUAUCAGUGGAUGAGGUUCAGACUCACUGUUUGUCUAUACAUUAUGUUGCCUCAUUAGUUUUUAUGAAGUAAUUCUUGAUCCCCACAAAACUGCACAUUCCAUUUGCCGACCUAGUAACAACCCCAGAAAGCCUCUGCUAGAGCAAUAGAAAUAAUGUCUACUGAACACUGCAGACCUGCUGUGCACCAUAGCACCAAUAUUGAUUGUAAAACAGGUGGAUUAAAUGUCUAAAGUAUUAUCUUUUCUGCCUCAUCUACAUGAAGCAGCUUCUUUUUUGUAUCAGGAAUAGAUUCAUACCAAUACUUGCACCAAGUAACGAAUUAUGAUGUGAAAUGUAGAGCCAAUACUGUUAUGAUCUUACUCAGGAUUCCUCAUGUUUCAUUUUUCUAUAAUUUCCUUUUUUAGUUGAUUCAACGCUGAGUUUCCCCAUUAACCAUAAAUAAGAUUGUUGGUAAAGUAAGGCAAAUCAUUGCAGACACAGUACCACUACGCCCAGUCACCAUUGAACAGUUAUUGUUGAAAAUGUCAUAAAUGAUGAUGAAUUGACCAGCUGCUUCGAGAACCACUGUGGGAAAUGUGCACUAAUCCUACAGUCACUUAUAUGAUUGACAGAAAAGGGCAUGCCCCCGUGGCUAUGACGACAAUGGUGAAACUCAGUCUAUUAUCUGUCCAUGCGUAUAUUGGUAGCGUUUAUUGGUACCAUAUAUGGGUGUAUCAUUGUGGUACUAGCAAGAGAAUCAUUCAGCACCAUUGAGUCUGGCGCUCUUCAAGUCAUGAUUAGGUGAUUUUAUUUUUUUAUACCUCUUAAUUUUUAUACCUCUCAAGAUGAGGUCUUGAUAUCUCUGAAUGUUUCAUGUCAAAUAACACAGUUCUGCUCUGAGGGAAAUACUUGCUAACAAAUCUCAACUAACAUCUACAGAUUUUAAAACGCUGAAUGUAGGUUAAUCCCACAAUUUUUGGUCAUAUUAAAGUGUCUAAUGUAAGGAUUGCUCAGUUGUGAAUUCAAAGUUUUAGAAUUUAACAAAACUUACUGGUGUCCAGUCCCAUGUCAUGGCAUUUCAUUUGGGUACAGAUCUGUCAGGUUGCAAUGAUCUCCUGUAGUAUUUGGUUGUUUCAAACCCUGCUAUCAUUGCAUUUAUUCAAGUACAUGAUGUAUCAUUUUCUUUUAGUUUCUCUUCAUAGAAUCUGUAUUGACAGCAGGACUCGAUAGAAAAGAAUGGAUUGUUUCCUGUAAACAGUCAAGCACUCUCCUAUAGAAGUCCUCAGUUUGUACAAUGUAUUCAGAAUGGAUAGUCAGACUCUGCGUCUAAAGUCUGUGCACAGUUAGAAUGUGUUUUGUGUGCUUUCUAUGCCCUUUUUUUAGUUUUACAUUGUUGCUAGAUAGGAAGAGUAACACUAGCAGAUUUAGCAUUUGACAUUUGUCAUUUGAUCAUUCUUUCCAAAGGGCCGUCUGUAUGACAGAUACAUGUACCUUCUGUACAUAUCUGUACUCUCCCCUCAGCUCUUUGAACAAUAAAUCUGUAUUUAAUCAAGUCUGA